AUGCAGCCUAGCGGCUGCGGCAGCCAUGGCGGAUAUUACCCGCCGCCGUCUUUGGCCUACAUGCAACCCCACGGCUUCAACAGCACGACCCCGCAGACGGCGCAUGAUCCCCAGAGUGAGCCGAGUGUGCAGACAUGUGUGAGGGACUCGGUGCGGUUGCUGGGAGAAGCAGUGGCUGUGCUGGAAGGGGUGCGGUUGCUGGGAUCGCAGCUGCUGCAGUGGGGUGGUGAAUUGAGCCAUGUGGCUCAAUCAGUGGUUCCCGCCGCGCUAAUUUUGCAAAUGUGUAGAUGGAUGUACACCCGAACAUUCGGGGCCUCCAAACGUCAAACGCUCAAUCGCAUGCACAAGGCCUGGCAAGAGGCAAGCGGCGACCCUAGGCUCAUGCUUCCAACCAGCAAUGGCAGCAGCAGUAUCGGGGGGUUGCUUGGUGCAAAAGCGAGCGGCAAGAAGCGAGGCAGCUGGAUUUCCACACUGCGCGAUCUUUCGGCGCUGAUGGCUCUCAUUGUUGUUGCUGCAGAGCUUUACAUACAUUUCAGCGUAUACAGGCGGCUAGUGAGCCGACUGCGGGUGCUGACGGCGAAAGAAAGAGGACUUGCGGGCCCCUCCGUAGAGGUCAGCAGCAGCAACGGCAGCAGCAACAGCUUCGUGUGCAAAAGCUGA